AUGAAUUUACACUUUGGUAAUAUUUUAGCCAACAACAGCCGUCAAUUUAUAACUUUGAAUUUUCGGACUAUGGGCACGGAAUGCAGUUACGACUACAUAUUCGUUUACGACGGGGAUUCCUUCAGAUCCACACUUUUGGGAAGCUUCAGCGGCAAAACGGAGCCACAACUGGUAACAGCCUCGUCCGGACACAUGCUGAUUCUCCUGUACAGUGACACGAAUUACGUUCUGGAUGGUUUUCACGCAGAAUUUUCCGUUAGCGAUUGUCCAAACAACUGCACGGGACGCGGAAAGUGCAUAAACAACACGUGCUUUUGCGAAAACGACUGGGGAGGCAAGGACUGUUCCAGAACACUGUGCCCGAACAAUUGUGGGAUCGGAGGUGUCUGCGGAUUGAAACACUGCCAGUGCCACAGCGGGUACUCCGGGCAGUCAUGCUCACUCCACAAAACCCGCCCGGAAGGAAACAAGUGGCAUUGGCUGUCGCACUCCGAGGGGGGCAUGACUCCCAGGGCUGCCCACACUGUCGUUUACGUCAGCGAGACCGACUCGCUGUACGUUUUCGGAGGCUACAAUCUCAACUACGUGUUAAGCGAACUGGAGACUUACCGUUUCUCGACGAGUCAAUGGGAAGACGAGUACGGCAACGUGUUGGAAGCCGUAUCGUCGGUCGAAUACGUGGACCCGAUGCUGAUAGCCAGCGAAUUGGAGAACAUGGGAGUGGGCGCCAACAAACAGGACGAGCUGCCGGCCUCGAUAUUUUGGAAGUCGCUGAUAGGCUUCAAGGAGAACAACACGUCGUCGUUGCGGGAGAGGGGAAACAUUGAGGGCACCCGCCACGUGCUGCGAGAGCCAAAAAUCUCGGAGCACCGAGAGCGAGCCAGGAAAAACCAGCACGUUACCGCGUCCAACGACACCAGCGACGGCGAAGACAAAAAGAAGCACACCAGGAGAAUCCGACCCGCGAACGCUCGGCACCGUAGGAGCCCCUUGGAUGCUUCUCCUUUCAAGGGAGUCGCCGGCAUGGACGGUCCCCCCUGGGAAGAGAGCGUCGUGGAGGCUCGAGUCGACGACAACCCGUUUCUCCAGGACAUCUUGGAGCCGGUGACCACUCAGCUGCCAACCAACGACGAAGCAUCGAGCACAAAAGACACGCCCAAGCCCGCUCCUCGGUACGGACACGCGGCGUGCAAAUACGAAGGAGGCUUUGUCAUUUACGGGGGCAAACUGGAGGACGGAUCUCUCUCGGACGAACUCUGGUACUACGACGUGAGGAGGAGUUUGUGGAGCUUGCGGUCCAGGAACGCGCCGUUUUACCCGCCCAAAUUGACUCGGCACACGCUCACGUUGGCUGAGGAUGGCCACGUUUACUUGUUCGGGGGUAGUACAGCGGACGGCGAGUUCUCCUCGGGCCUGUACAGGAUAAAAUUGAGCCUCGCGGAUCAAACGGCGAGGGCGGAACAGUGGCAGGAAGUGCGACCGAGGGGCGGCAAGGAGCUCGACGUGCGAGUCGUGGCCCACUGCGCGGUUUACCACCGAGCCACGAACUCGCUGCUCGUCUACGGAGGCGUGGUCGCCAGCGUGGCCCGUUUCAGCAAAUUGUCCGACCGGAUCUUUGUCUUUCAGCUGGACAGGAGGGUGUGGUCGGAGAUUCAUUAUCCGCGCGCUGAUCUGCGCGAUACCUACGUGCCGCGCGAGCGAGCGUUUCACACGUGCAACGUCAUCGGAAAUUAUUUAGUGGUGUUCGGAGGUUACUCCCACAGGCACAACAAGGAGGAGAUUUGUUACGACAAUCAGAUGUACCUGUAUCACCUUGGUUGUCACGCUUGGGUGAGCCAUGACGUUUUGAACACCAGUGACAAAGACUCGCAGUAUCCGAAACAACAAGGUGUAUUCGCCCACGCUUCCGACGUGAGGUACGGCAGCACGUUGUUACUCGUAGGUGGUUAUCACGGGAACGUCAACGCGGAUCUAUUGGCUUAUACCCUGCCGUCGACGCUUGCCCCUGCCGAGGGGGAUCCCCUGGAGCCCGAACAAUACUGUUCCAGACACAAGAGCCUCCUCGAGUGCUCCGCCAACCCGGAAUGCGGCUGGUGUUCGGCUGACGAGAACUGUUACGGUAGGACGGUGGUGAUCAACUGCACGACCAAUCUCCAGACGACCCGUUGUCCCGGAGUUUGUCCAGCCUUGGAGGAUUGCCACUCGUGUCUGAUACACGGUCAACCGGGGGGUGGUUGGGGCACCAACGCUCGCGGUCGCAGCUCUGCAUCCAACAAGUUCAACCUGGGCACGUGCACCUGGUGCGUGCAGAACGCCCUCUGCCAUCAUAGGGACGACAACUACGGGGUGUGCGGGCUGCGGGACGACACGCUCAGCCAGAUACCCGGCUGGUGGGGCAUGAAGGGCACGGAAAUCGCGCGGGUCGAGGAGUGCCGGGAAAUGGACAAGCGGCCGGGCUUGACGUUCCUCAAGUACAAGCCACCGGUGAACUUCAGCCAGCCGGAUUCCGUGAUGAUCGUCAACGCGACUACGGUGGAUUUUAGCGUGCCGUCGAUGCAGGGUGCCAAAACCGAGUCCGGACUUGGCGGUGAGAUGAUCGCCAGGCUCAUUGGGUUCCUGAGACUGCCACAUAUGAUAUGGGACGGAAAACUCGAAUCCAUGAAGAUCUGCGUCAGCUACAACAGUGCCACUUUGCGGGUCUCCCAAAACAACGAUACCCAGGAUCUGAUGGUCGUGGCCAAUUUGACCGCGGAAACGUCCCAGUGUAUACCAAUGCGGGCGUCGAGCGAGGCAUUCAACGCCAUCUCCUUCUCGCCAGGCCGCUACCUUUUGGACUUUGAAUCCAAGAGAAUGGUGACCACUAGCCAAUCGCAGAGCAGCAAGAUGGAGAUCAUCCACAACCGGAUGGACGAGAAUCCGAAGGUUUUCACCUUCGAGUACCUCGAGCCGUACCAGAACGGCUCGUGCGGCCAAUACAAAAAUUGCAUGCACUGUCUGGUGGACUCGGCUUGCGGCUGGUGCAACGUCAACAACGAGUGCCUGCCCCGCUCGGUCGAUGAAUCCGAGAGCUGUGUCGUCGACACGCUGGACGAGAACAAUCAUCCCACCCGAGAGUGGCACUACCUCACCAUCAAUCCCUCGAUGUGCGCCAAUUGUUCCAACUACAUAUCUUGCGAGUCUUGCGUCGGGACGACUAUUUGCGAAUGGUGGACGGAGGACGCGCGGUGCACCCGUAUAGGUCGACUGCCGAACGCUGUGGUGAGCCUGGACCAGUGUCCCGUACCGUGUACACGGCGCUCAAAUUGUACCCAAUGCCUGGACGAGCGCGGCCGGUGCGUGUGGUGCGAGGCGACCAAAGAGUGCUUCUCCUUCUCCGUGUACACGUCCGAAUACCAGUUUGGCCUCUGUCGCGAAUGGACCGACCAAGCUGGCCUGAUGGGCAUCACCUCCAGAAGCAGCAGCAGCAGUUUGGCGCUCAGCGGCAACGACCAGUGCAAAAGCUGUAGCCGGCACACCAAUUGCUCCAACUGCCUGCACUCGUUGAGCUGCGGCUGGUGCUACAGCCUCGAGAAUCCCAUUCUCGGUGUCUGCGUGCAGGGUGACUUCAACCGGGCGCACGUCAAUUGCAGCCAGGUCAUACGCGACCGUCAACUGCAAAACGACACCACGAUCGCGGUAAUCCCGGGGGUCGAGCUGACGGCCGGUUGGGCGUACGCCCAGUGCCCGGACGUGGACGAGUGCGAUCUUGGGUUGCACGACUGCCACCAGAACGCCGUGUGCACAAACACCCACGGGAGCUACAGUUGCCAGUGCAAGCGGGGUUUCAACGGCGACGGCAGGGAGAACUGCACCAAGACGUGUUACGAAAAGUGCGUCAACGGUUACUGCAGCGAGGCACCCGACUACAAGUGCGAGUGCCACCUAGGCUGGACCGGGCCCGAUUGUCGCACCAAUUGCGGGUGUCACAACCACUCGACCUGCGUUCACGGCCCCGGAGUGUGCGACAAGUGCCAAAACUGGACGGAGGGUAGGUACUGCGACGCGUGCCAAGUGGGCAGUUACGGCAACGCGACCACCGGUCUCGGUUGUCGGGUGUGCGAUUGCAACCAGCACAGCGAUUUGGGGAUCUGCGACGGCCAGACCGGCAUCUGUUUCUGCAAGGACAACACCGAGGGCGACCACUGCGAGAUUUGUAAGAAGGGCUAUUACGGGGACCCGAGGAACGGAGGUAUGUGCUACUACGGGUGCAUGUCGAGGGGAAUGCUCGAGGGAGAGGGCAGCGACAAGCAGGGCCUGGGUAGCCGGCACUCGCAGCUCAGUCUGUGGGAGAGUCAUCUCGGUGGCUCGCUGACCAGAGAGUGCCUUUGGAUUGUCAGUCCCGAAAAAGGUCUCUCGUCCGACACGAUGACCCCGAGUAUCCAGAGCGUGAUCCAGUUCACCAUACACGACGACAUAAACGUCAGCUGCCAAGAGAACAGUGUCUACGUGUACGACGGGUUGCCGGCUUUCGUGUCGACCACGACGAGCCAUCAGAGCCAAUUGCUCGGGGUGUAUUGCACCGAGAGUACCGAUUACCCCGUGACCGUAGAGGCCAAAUCUGGCUUUUUGACCGUACACUACAAACAAUUGGACGAAGUCGAGGGCUUCAACGCCAGCUACGUCGUCAUGACGUGCAACAAUUGCCCGUCUAACCGGGAGUGCCGCAACGGCAAUUGUCUCUGCAAGGCCGGCUUCGUUGGCAUCAAUUGUGACAUCGAGCUGUGCCCGAAAAAUUGCUCCUCCAACAAGAAGCAAGGGGUAUGCGACAAGGCUUACGGGCACUGCGUUUGCACGCCGGGCUUUGGAGGACGCGAUUGCUCGAUUUUCAUCAAGGACAACCAGCUGGUAUUCACGGAGUUGUUCAACAGCGAGUACCUUGCCGAUCAACUGGACCAUUUGCGCAAAACCCUACCGCGUUUCGGUCACAGCCUAGUGGCGGAUCGUCGCGGCAGUUUGUGGAUGUUUGGCGGCUACUCGCUCAGCCACGGGCCUCUCAACGACAUCCGGCUGUUCGACACGAAAAACAGCACGUGGAUGCCCGUCACCGUUGAAUCGACGUCGGAGGCUUCGAUGCCCCAGGGCCGUUACUUCCACGCCGCGGAGAUCGUGCACAGCCGCCAACAGAUCUACGUGUACGGUGGUCUGUCCAUGAAAGAGGAGGGCAUCCAGGGCCUGUCGAACAACACGCUCAACGACUUUUGGAAGUUUAGCCUGCAACAGCAGCGUUGGAGUCAAAUAGUCGACAGGUCGGCCGCCCAGAAGGAGCCACCACCCCUGGCUGGACACACCCUCACGCUGUACCGGGAUCACGGCGAGUCCGAGAGUUUGGUGCUCAUUGGCGGAUUCAGCCCUAGGUACGGCUACUUGGACACUGUGUGGGAGUUCAACCUCGAGAGGAAAACUUGGGAUACGGUAACCACCAAUGGAAACGGACCUCUGGGCGUUUACGGGCAUUCCACCGUUUUUCACGACAAAUCAAACAGCUUUUACGUGUUUGGAGGCUACACGUAUGCCAUCAACCGAACUUUCAUAUCGAACAAGCUUUACGCGCUGAAUUACAAGACAAAGACGUGGUCCGUGUUGCCACCGUUCGAAGACGACACGUCUGAUGGGACGCCACAAGCGCGUUUCCUUCACUCCGCCGUAACGACGGACGAUUACAUGGUGAUAUUCGGAGGCCGGCAAAACCCUCACAACACCACGGACUCGCUGAUAGCGCACCAGUACUCGUGCAACUUGUGGAUCCGGCUGAUAACCAAGGACAUGGAGAUAAUAGGCAACCCACCGCCACCGGCUUACGCCCACGCUAUGACACACGCCGAUCCCGAGAGCAACGCCAUUUACGUGGUCGGGGGUUUCGACGGGGGAAUCAAAAGCCACGUCACCCUCAUCCACGUUCCCGAAGACUUGUGCAACUUGUGGACGGACAAGAUCACCUGUCGCAAAUAUUACGGCUGCUCCUUUUGCUCGGUCACCACCGUCACCGGGGCAAAUGCCUCGUACUGUUUCUCAAACGAGGAGUCGUUGCACCGGGACGACAAGUGCGACGUGAACGUUACCAAGGCCCAUCGUUCCAACGGCAUAUUCUGUAACUCCGAGUGGAUGUCCAACCGCAAGUGCGAAAACUUCAAAACUUGCACGGAUUGUUUGGCCGAGUGGCCGUACUACCGGGAGAAGGAGCCGGUUUGCAAAUGGUGCGUCGAUUGCCACGGCAAGUGCAUACCCGCGGACAAGGAUUGCGACGAGCAAAACAAGUGCAAGCAUUGGCAAAAAUCCGUCAACGACGUCAACCAGUGCGGCGAAAGGCUGUGUCCAGCCAGUGACUGCGAGAAAUGCAAAAACUGCCAAGGAAACUGCGUAUGGACCAGACAAGUCUUGAAGACGUCCGAACUCGGACUGAAGUUGACGGCCGAACCGGUGUACGAUUGGAACUGCGUGCCGGAGGACAUAUUCAACAGGUCCAGCAUCAAGAUGACAAGCACGCAGUGCGAAAAAAGAUGCUCCGAGCAUCAAGAUUGCAAGAGCUGUUUGAGGAGCACGGGUGCCGAGGGUGGCUGGAGGGAGUGCCGUUGGUCAACGAGACUGAACGAAUGUAUAUCCCCGUCGUAUCAGCCGCUUUACUGUGCCGGUGGAGUCUGCGGCUUGGUUUUGCGCAACACGGACAUCGAGUAUUGUCCCGAGCCUUGCUCGACCUUUAAGCAAUGCAGCACCUGUUUGAAGCACUCCCAUUGCGGCUGGUGCUCCCUGGACUCGACCAGCGUGACCGGACAAGGUACAUGCACCGAGGGAUCUCUGGAAGCCCCGCCAGGUUUCGACCACCCAGCCGACGGUACCUGCGAAAUGCUCUUCUACCAGCAGUAUCCGACGACCAAUCUCUCUCUUACGUCAGAGGAGUCGAAGCAUCACGUGAGCGACGGUUUAGUCGAUUCGUCGAGGUUGCCCUUGAAAUUCUCGUGGCAUUACGUUCGCUGUCCCCCGGAGAACGAGUGUGAAAACAGUCACCACACGUGCUCGCCGAAGAGCGAAAAAUGCUUCGAUCUGGACGAAGGUUUCGAGUGCAUGUGUGGCGAAGGAUACAAAACUGAAUUGACGCACUCUUACAACGAAUACGGGAGAAAAACGUGCGUACCAAUGUGUACUCAGGGUUGCGUUCGAGGUACCUGCGUCGAACCGGACGUCUGUCGCUGUGAUUUUGGCUACGUCGGUCGCAACUGCUCGAUCCAGUGCCAGUGUAACGGGCACAGCAACUGCGCGGGUCCGGAUAAGCUCGACGAAUGCCUCGAGUGUCACAACAACACCAUGGGAUCGCAGUGCGAAAAGUGCAAGCCACUGUACGUCGGUAAUCCAGCUGAUAACGGGCAAUGCGUACCUUGUCUGGAGUACUGCAACGGCCACACUCGCAUUUGUAUCAACGAAAGCAUGACUGUACCCGAUCCCAAUUCCAUUGACAAAAUGUCGAUCGAACGGUUGACCAAACAAUUGGUCGAGGGUCCUGUCGCAAAAGCCAAGUGCGUGAAUUGUGCCAAUAAUACAAGGGGCGAUAAAUGCGGCGAGUGCGUUACAGGAUACUUCAGAGGAACGGAAGAUUUGCGCGACGUGUGCAGACCGUGCGAAUGCCACGGUCACGGCUUGACUUGUGACCCAGUGACGGGUGAGCAGUGCGAUUGUCGCAACAACACGGAAAGCGAGACGUCCUGCGUUAGCGGGCCUUCUAAGGGUGGUAACUCGGGAUUGACUCCUUGUUGGAUGGUCCAGUGCAGCAAGUGCCGGGAAAAUUAUUCCGGCAAGCCGGUGAUGGGCCAUCAGUGCUACAAAACUGUCACCGUGGACAACAAAAUGUGCUUCGACUACAAGCUCAUAGGACCCUACGACGAAUGCAAGGUCAAGCCGAGACCACUGAACCCCGGACAGACGGUAUUCUACAUGGUACAGCCGCGCUUCAUGAACGUGGACAUCAGGAUAUUGGUCGACGUCACUCAGGGUGCCCUUGACCUCUUUCUGAGUCCGAGAGACGACACCUUUGUCGUGAACGUCAACUCGUCCACCGGUUUUCAAGAGAUCGAGUUGGACGAGAAGAUAAAGUGGCGCAAGGACUACGAGAAAGUCUGGCCGGACGACAUCGGUGGCGGUAGUUACCGUGGCCGCGACCGCAAGGUCGACUACUACCCGUACAGUUCCUAUCAUUUCUCGGCCAACGGGAGCGAAUCCCAGUGGAACCCGAGCAUCGAGUACACGGUGAUGGAACGCCGUGCCGAGGGUCUGGCGACCUAUGUCACUAUAAACGAGCGCUUCACCUUCCUGUUUGUGCGCAACCUAACGAACCGGCUGGUGCUCACUUUGCCCCAGGACAAGCACGAGCUCGGGCAAACCAAGUUCCACAUAGCCCUGAGGGCAGUCGAGCCGCCGGCCGGCGAGUUCACCCGCGCCGCCUACGGCAUGAUAUUCUUCCGGCAGGACCAGCUGCACAUCGACCUCUUUGUCUUCUUUUCGGUGUUUUUCUCGUGCUUUUUCCUAUUUCUCGCUGCCUGCGUCGUCGCCUGGAAGACCAAACAAGCAGCCGACGUCAGAAGAGCCAGGCGACGCCACGUUGUCGAGAUGCUCCACAUGGCCAAGCGGCCUUUCGCCUCUGCGACUAUUCUCUACGACCGCGAGAGCAACUUGUCGAGCCAGUGCAGUCCGAGUUCGCCGCAGCGAAAGGGCAAGCGCAACAAGAUCGUCAAUUUCCACAGCGACGUGAGACCGGUGGCCGUCGAGCCGACCGACGACGGAGCAGCGGCCGUUGUCACGGUAUUCAUAAAGCUACCCGGUGGCGUUCAAGCGCCCGUCAAACUCGCCCUCGGCAGUUCGCUCAUCUUCCUCACGCGAGUCUAUCCGGCCAACAGCCGCGUGUUCCUCAGGCGACGCAACAGCCACGCUCUGAGCUAAACUGCUUUCAUCUUUUUUGGCUCUGCGAUCGGUUGUACGUGUUGCGGGUGAUCGGUAUCGGUGCUAAUAUUGGACUUGAAUCUUAUGGGUAAACAGACGCCGAGACGUGUCGAUUUGAGUGAUUUUUUAUUUUAAUGCGAAUCUUUUUUUUUAAAUUAUUUUCAAGUGGCGUAGUAAAACGGCGUAAUGUACACGUGUGGGGUUCUCCGUUUUCGAGGAUGUCGAGUCGAACAUACAUAUACCUCGUUUUUACACGCACACUCGUAUACACAUGUUAUCAUCGUAACGUGUGAAAUAACAAUGGUUGUAUCUUUUGAUAAGAAAUUUAAUGCAUUUGUAAUUAAUGAGUGAGUUCGCAAAAUCAGAAACGAUCAUUGAUGAAGUAUACGUAUUGGUGAUAAUUUUAUAUCGAUUGAGCAACAACUACGCGAAGAAUGUUUUUUUUCUCUUUCAAGCGUAGAAAGAUGCAAUGACUGCGGUGUAAAUAAAAUCGAAAGAAACGUAACGUAGCUUUUGUAUUAGGGUAAGUACAUGAGUGUAUUACCUGAAGAAUAUGUCGGACGGUGAAAGCGAGUGUAACGUGAAAUUUGACAAACACCCCGUGAUCGUCUUACACACCAUUCCAUGACACAAGACUGUCCGAAGCUAUACGUGACGGAUGAACGAAAAUGAAAGCUGUAUACGAUCCCCUUGCGUUUACCGAUACACUUGUGCAAUAAUGAAGAAAAAAAAGAAAAAAAAAAAAAUCGUUCAUCUUUUAAUCGUGUAGUUACCGCAUGGAUAUUUCCAUAUGUAUUUCACGUGUUGCACCAUCACAGACUCGGUUACUCUCUCCACUACCCGUAUGGGUGUUCAUCGACUGUCACUUAUACGUCGCGCACAUUAAUUUUAGACUUGAUACCACAUGGAGAAAAAAAUACGAGUUCGUAUGAAUACAGUAUGCGAGAGAAAAAAAAAAAAGGUUCGCGUCGAGCACACGCGACACCUAAUUGUAAUAUUCUUCAAGCCAACAGUAUUAGAAAAGUAUUCUCGUUUAUGCAUCGCGCGGAAAAGCCGCUCUGAUGGUUUUUACAUUUAAUGCGUGCACCGGUUUAUCAAACGAGACAAUAUUUACUCGCGUGUACGAGGGCAAGCUGCAAUUCAUCGACGAUAAGAAGCGCCCGACAAUUAUGUGCAAUAAAAUUCAGUCAAUAAACUAGAAGAGGCAAAAAAUGUUUAAAAUAUACAUUAGUACGUAGGUGUACCUAGUGUUGUUUCUUUUUGUACAAUUGAGCUUUUCUUCACUAGUUAAAAGUCGCACGACAACUCACACGAUUUAUUGCUACUCUCACACUCUCGUUUCACCCAAGCGCGCGAUUUUAUAUUCCGUCAGUCAACGAUGCACGAAUGAGAGUACUCGAUUGUGAUGCUUAACAAUCACAAAUUCACUAUAAAAAAAAAUGAAAAAACAAUAAUUGUAAUAAUUAUAAAAAUAAUAUUAGUAAUAACAGUGUAGUAUCGAUUGAUGAUAAAAUUGAGAAACCACGUGGAUGGUUCCUAUGGAUAAAAUUUUCGUUGUGGGAGGAAAAGCGCCACAUUUGUCAGUUUUAUGAUCACUGAAACCUCGCUAUUCUAAUCUCAAAAUUUAAGUAGAUGUAGUUCGUUAUGGAAACGAUAUUCUUAAUUUACUAAUUAUAGAAGGGAAAAAACAUUUUUUAAAAGUCCCUCUGUUUGAUUCGAAGUGUUCUAUUUGUUGAUUAGUAAUCGUCGGCUAACUAUUUAGUAUCGACUAAGUGAUUACAUGAAUAAAGGAGGAAACAAUAGCGUUAAUUCUUACAGUCUAAUAUAGCUCCGAGAAUUUAUAAUACUUUAUUAGGUAUUUUUAGCGCGAUUUGUUGAAGUUUCUCGUACUUUAGCGACGAAACAAAAUGUGUUCAGAUUAAAAUUAAGGAUGGUUGGCGUUUUGUGUUAACUAACAAGGAUUUGAGGAUGAUUUUUCAAUGUUUCUUUCAACCAGUAGUUAGAUUUCAUAUUAUUUUUUUUAUACAUAAAUGUAGUUACGUGUAAUUGUUGCGUACACGUGUAAAAUGUAUAUAUUAUUAAUUAAGAUUAUACUUGACAAAGUAUCUUUGUUUCAGAAAAUUAUAAGAGCAAUAUAAUAUCGUAUACUUUAUGUAAUACAAGACGUCCAUUGUUGUGUUAUGUACUAUUGAGCGAUUGUUAUUCUUAAUUACUUCAUACAAAUUCGGUCUCGAUUCCCGUAAAAAAUCGCGUAAGAUUAAAUUAAAUCCAAAUCAAUGUUUUCAACGACGAAUGAGAGCUGGUAAAGCAUUGAAAAAUUCGGUUUGUAACGGAAAUAUAUUUUUAUAAAAUUUUACGAGUUUUCGAUAAUUUGUUGUGUAAUUCUGAAGGCUUUUUAAUGUAAAUUGGUAAAUACCACGAAUGCUCCAGUUUAAACUAUCACUUGGUUAAAAAUAAUGCCAAAAGUACUGUGAAAAUUAUCCAAACAAGUGAAUGAGAUGUAAAAUAUUUUUUCUGAAUUACGUUACAGAUUUACUUGCCAAUAACAAUAAUGAAAAAUUGUACAUACAUAUA